CUACACAACCCCCUCUGACUGCCGAGACUGUCCAUCACUCUCAAACAAACUCUGCCAUCAUAUCAAACAAACACCACAACAUCAGGAAUAUUGCCAUUGUUCUUGGAGCAGUUGACUGAUCAGGCCCAAUGGCUCUGCUCAAAUCUGGCUGGCUCUGGAGACAGUCUUCACUCCUCAAACGCUGGAAGUUGAACUGGUGUGAUCUCUGGAUAGAUGGGAGCUUUGUGUUUUACAAAUCUGAAAACAGACGGGACUAUGAGACCAGAGUGAAUCUGAAGAGCACCUGUGUGAAUGUGAAGUCUGGAUUGGAGUGUGCAGGUGUAUGUCCACCUGAGAGUCAUCCCAGAGAGAAUUUGCUGGUGGUUUAUCUCAAGGGUGGAUCUAUGUUGACCCUGUGUGCAAACAGUGAAGAUGAAGUACUGGCUUGGAAGCUCACACUCUUGGAAGCUAAAAGAAAUUCUGUUUUCACUUACAAUCCCUAUGAUGAUACCUAUCAGACUGUUCCAAUUGACAGCCAUAAUGCAGUUUACAUCAUGCCAAGGUCAGGUUGUGGAGGGAAUCAACACGUGUGGGUGCAUAGAUACUCAUAUGAUGACAGCUUUGGUGAGCAGAUUGCAUUGGGACUCCUGGCUGGAAUGGCUGCAGGUGUCGCAAUGCGCUCACUCCUAUGGAUGCCCUUCUGGUUCUGCUGAGGACCAAUCAAACAACAGGAUGAUCACUGGAGUACCAGCAGCAGCACCAGCACACUGAGAGAAUAGACUGGAAAAGCCAGCUGUAAAGCUCUGUGAUAGCAAACGCUGUGGGCAUCAAUUGGUCAAUCACUGUGAAAAGUGAGUUGGCAUAAAAUGCACAAUUCUCAUGAGUCUAGCUGCUUCAGGACAUAAUUAUGUUAUAAAUGAUAGCACUUUAAAGAAAACAGUCCUAUGCAGUUUUAACUCCACAUAAAUACCAGGUCAGAUUUUUAUCUCUUUAUUUUUUGAAUCUCCAAUUGGUAAGAUUUAGAUGCUUCAUUGCUCUCAAGAGGAAAUUACUCUUAAAUAGGUUAAAGGUGCACUCAGUAAUUUUUUUUAAGUAUGUCAAAGUGGCUUACACUGACACCGUGUUAGUAGUUUUCAGUUACAAAUGCCAUUGUAGAAAUUCUAUGCACAGUAAACCAGGAUUAAAUUAAUCCAUGAAUGAAAGUUAUCAAUAACAGGGCAGUUACUGAGAUUAAGAGAUUAGUAAUCAGAUGGUCAUGUGAUGCUAACAUGGCAGCCCCAAUGAGGCGCCCCUGCUCCAUGUAGAAUAAAAGAGCUUUUAUAAAGUUACUGAUAUGACCGAACUCUUCAUCUCACAUGAGUGGUCGUGAUUUUAUACAUAUGUUUCAAAAUACUACUCAUUACUUUCCAAGUAAAACUUUUUAAAUGAAGGAAAAGAAUUACUGAGUGAACCUUUAAAUUGGGUAAAAAUGAAAAGAUGGUGUUAAUUUUGUCUAAAAUUAUAAAAUGUCUCAUUAUUUUUGCACAAAUGCACAAAGACAGAAUGAUCAUGUUUUCUUGCUGCUAUGUAUCAUGCACAUCUAUAUAUAGUGCUUUGCCAAUAUGUUCAGCAUUGUUUGUCAUUGAGUAAAGCUGAAGUAUGUAACUUUUUCAGGGUGAAAAUUGUUUCUCCUAUCCCAGAUUAAUAUGCAGAGAUGACCAAGUCAGCCAUUCAUAUGUACAUUUUCUCAAAAACGGUAAACACAGUCUCUCUGUUUGCUUUGAUCGACCCGUUUGGACACGCCCCAACAACAUUACUCAACCAAUGGCGUUAGAUGGGGGCGGGGCCAUUUGUUCGUUUGCUCAACGCCCUAUGAGGGGCAUAUUUAGAAUGUUUUGAAAACAUUGUUUAUUUUUGCAAUUCCAUUAGGUGGCGCUAGUCACAGAUAUGCCAUUCUUCAGCUUUCACAUCUAUUGAUCAGGGACAAGAUAUUUUAUUUAUUAAUAAGAAAAAUUAUUUCCUAAUUAUAAUAAUUUAUUCCUGAAUCUUGAAUACAUUAUUGUCUAACAUAUGAGGUUUGGGAGAGACCACACAUUUGAUUACUCUUCAAAUAUAAGACUAACUCAUACAACACUCCAAAAGUUUCCAGGACUGCUUUUUAACCUGUAAGGACAGCACAACUGUACUAAAGUUGCAAAAUAGACAAGCUUCCAAUACUGGAACAUUUAGGUUAAAAUAAAGGC